AGCGGAAUGUUUAUGGAGAACAGUCGCCGGGGUGAGCCCGAGCCGGCCUGCGGCGCAUGCGCAGUUGAUCAGCCCGCGGCCCCAGGCGGCAGAGGGGAAGAUGGCGGCGGUGGUACAGAAUGUGGUUAAGCUCCUUGGCGAACAGUACUAUAAAGACGCAAUGGAGCAGUGCCACAACUACAACGCCCGGCUUUGUGCCGAAAGGAGCGUUCGCUUGCCCUUCUUGGACUCGCAGACUGGGGUGGCACAGAGCAACUGCUACAUCUGGAUGGAGAAGCGGCACAGGGGACCAGGUUUGGCAUCUGGCCAGCUCUAUUCCUACCCGGCUCGGCGCUGGAGGAAAAAACGUCGCGCUCACCCCCCUGAGGAUCCAAGGCUUUCCUUCCCUUCCAUUAAACCAGACACUGAGCAGACCCUAAAGAAGGAGGGCUUGAUCUCUCAGGAUGGCAGCAGCUUGGAAGCCCUCCUGAGGACGGACCCUCUUGAGAAGCGUAGCUUGCCCGACCCUCGCACGGAUGAAGACAGCCUCGGCGAAUUCCCCGUUGCCAACAGCCGGGCGCGGAAGCGAAUCUUGGAACCCGAAGAUUUCUUGGAUGACCUAGACGACGAGGACUACGAAGAAGACACCCCAAAACGCAGAGGGAAAGGCAAAGCCAAGGGUAAAGGAGUCGGGAGCGCCCGGAAAAAGUUGGAUGCAGCCAUUUUGGAAGACAGAGACAAACCCUAUGCCUGUGACAAUAGUUACAAACAAAAGCAUACCUCGAAACCUCCUGACCGAGUCUGUGGGAAGCGUUAUAAGAACCGUCCUGGGCUGAGCUACCACUACGCGCACUCCCACCUGGCUGAGGAAGAGGGGGAGGAUAAGGAAGACUCACAGCCCCCCACACCUGUCUCGCAGAGAUCCGAGGAGCAAAAAUCCAAGAAAGGCCCCGAUGGCUUAGCUCUGCCGAACAAUUACUGCGACUUCUGCCUGGGAGACUCCAAGAUCAAUAAGAAAACGGGACAACCGGAAGAGCUGGUUUCAUGUUCUGACUGCGGGCGAUCAGGGCACCCUUCUUGCCUGCAGUUCACCCCGGUCAUGAUGGCAGCCGUGAAGACCUACCGCUGGCAGUGUAUCGAAUGCAAGUGCUGUAACAUUUGUGGCACCUCUGAGAACGAUGACCAGCUGCUCUUCUGUGAUGAUUGUGACCGCGGAUAUCACAUGUACUGCCUCACCCCGCCCAUGUCGGAACCGCCUGAAGGAAGCUGGAGCUGUCAUUUGUGUCUGGACUUGCUGAAGGAGAAAGCCUCAAUCUAUCAGAACCAGAACUCCUCCUGAUGGGCUUUGGGGCUGAAGAGAAGAAAAGAGAGCUCAGAAGAGGAGCCUUCAAUUGUCCGCUAUGUUACAGGGGCUCUUUUUCUUUCUUGGUUUAGUCUUUUCCUAUGCUGCCUCCCGCUCUUGGUCAGUGUCUCCUUCACCAGCCGGACCAGGCCCCUGCCGGCUCUCCCUUGUCAUCCUUUGCGUGGCGGUUGGGGGUAGGACCUCUCCUUUACUUAGCUGCUGCCCUGGGGAAAGUAAGGACUUCAUUGACCCCUUCCUCACGAGAUCCCAGUGCCCAUGGCUGGCUGGGAAGCACGGAACGGAGAUCAUCGUAUCUACGGCCUUAAUACUCCAGGAGAAAGUUUCUCGACUGAGCUGGGCGGGACCCUCGCCAUGCUUGCUCGGAGGAGGGCAGCCCCUUCUCAUCACCUCACUAACGCCGGGCUAUCGAAUUGGCAGCUGAUCCUUCAGCUUCUGUCUCUGCGUGAAGCUGGCGACUUAAAAAGGAAACCUCCUUGAGCACUCUUACUACUAUUUUUUGUUCACUCUCUUUUCUGCGUCCAGACGCUAACCCAGUUGCCUGGAAACCCCACCCCCGAGGCUUCUAAGCACCGCCGUGUGUGUUCCUCCCCCCCCCCCCCCGGACCCCUGUCGCUCCCUCUCCCAUCAGAAAGCCGUUUCAUCCCCAGCAUGGUUGAAACUCGAUCCAACGCCGGUCUUAAUCCCCAGAGAACCCUUGGGCUUCAGCAGCAAACCCGGACUUGGCUCAGACAGGUGUGAAAACAAAGCGACUCUUCUUUACCUCGUUUGGGGAAAAUCUUCUUUCGACAUCUCCAAAGACCCUUUCCCCUGUCGACACAAAAUCGCCGCCUCUUUCCACGUUUUCCACAAACGCACAGGAUUAUGAUUUCCCAGCCAGGGCGUUUGGGAAAUCCCGGUUUCCAGCAGAGCAGAGAGUCCCAGAGCUUUACCACGAUCCCCUAAUAGAUGGGGUUCUGAGACUGCAGCUCCGAGAUGGCGUAUCUGUCUAGUGGUGGACUUCAGUAUGUUUUAAUCACUGCAGAGCUUGUCCGGUCCCUUGCCAGCAUUUUAGAUUGUUCCUCUUUUAUUGCAUUUUCUUCCCCAUAGGCCUAAAUGAGUUCCUCCACCCUCAGGCCUCUCCAGAAACCAGUGAGGUGCUUGGAAGACGGAGAGGAGCAGAGGACCUCUUGUGCUGGCAGCUCCUUCGCCUCCCUGGAACAGGGCUUGUUUGAGGGAGUACACCCUCUUCCGCUCCGCAGCAGACAUUCAAACGCCCUGUCCUGAGAUCUCACGGCCUCUCUGUCACCCUCCAUGUCUUACGUGCCUCUCUGGGGAUGUUGGAUGCAGGUCUCGGGGGGCGCCCGUGUGGGUCACGUCUUCUUUCCUAGCCUUAUUUUGAUGUCUGUCCGCCAAGUCCUGAUUCUCUACAGUACAGGCGUCUCUGCCGGGGGGGUGAGAGCGGGCAGGCGGUUGUGCGGUUGUAUCGGUCUCUGAUGUGAAUCCAGCGAGGAGCUGGCAUGCAACCUCCUCCCACCUCCGCCGCCCUCCUGCCUUUUGCCACCACGACUGGAGAAAUGAAUCCUAAUAAUAAGGGACAUUUUAAAUGCUAUUCUCUACUCCACACACACCUUUGUGCGUUCCUUUUCUUUUUAAAACGACAGCGUUUUCUCCAGCUGGAGAGGGGGAGGCGUUUCUCUGGAAUAGGGUUCUGUGUAAUAUACUCAUGAUGUGCCUGUUUUUUCUAAAAUUGACUUCAAACCUACCUCCAACACCCCAGCCCUUGCACAUCCUUCCCCCCCCCUUCAAAACCCAUUCAACCCUCCUCUGCCCACAUACCCUGUUCCUUACCGUUGGUGGUUCAAGAUGGCUCAGGGGACCGGCAAUGCAGGAAGGGGUUAUUUGAGUAUUUUUGCCUGGCUGAAUUGCAAGUGCAAAUCCAGCCUGCAUGUAGAGAGUUGAUUUGGCUUCGCCUCAGGCAUGAAAGGUGCCAUCUCUGCCUUUUGCUCUUGCUACCCUACUAGAGAAGGUCGGGUUUUAGUACGGCUAGAUUUGGCCUCUGGGAAGAUAGCUGUAGGGAAACGGCGGGGUCGCUUUGGCAACAGGGCGGAAGCUUUUACACUACCUUCGUUGCUACGUCAGCCGCCUUCAUGAGGACUAGAGGCUUUCAGGUUUUAAAAUGUCCCCGUGAUCUUGUGAACUCUUCCAGGUUUUUGAGAGAGGCCUCCGCGUUGUGCCACUUACAUAAGCCCUGGGCUGGUUUGGUUUUCUUACUCUUGCACUUGAUUUCUGUCUCGUAACCAGCCCGGAUUGGGGUGGGGAGGUUGGUCAGACGGCCCGUACGCAAAACGAGAGGAGGCCUAUUAAUAAGGAAACGUUGCGCCGGAGGAAUCGCUGUCUGAACCCCAGCAGGGGGACAUGUUCUCGUCGAAAGCAUCACGCCUGUGUCUUAAAAAAAAAAAUAUUGCUACCCGAAUAAAACACCAAAA